UGUUUGGCUGUCUAUCAUCCACGAAACAUACCCCCCCAAAAAUAUAUAAAUUGCCAGGUAUAUUAUGGAAAUAACCCAUUCUAUAUUGAUGUGUUAACGACGUUUUAUCGAACAAAAAUAUACCUGCAAUUUUUUCUUUAAAUCUGAUUGCCUUCAAAAUCAAAUAUUCCCAAGGUUCAAGGUUAUGUACUGAACGAUCAUCAUCAUAUUGCUCGCACAGAUAUUGGUCGUUAUCAGUGAAAAAAAAGUUGGCUCGUAUCGGCCGAUCACAAAUACAUAGAGUGUAAAGUAUGAAACUAAUUUAUUAGAAGCUGGCAUUUGUGUUAGUGUGUGGUGUAUGCAUUUGUUGCAUGAUAUUCGGUAUAAAUUUGCGAUCUUAAUUUGUGUGAGCCCCCCUGAGCUGCAAAUAUGAGCGACACAAGCAUAUUCGAAGAAUGGGAAGGUCUGGCCAAUGAUUACAAAGUGCUAGAGAAUUCCAAUAAAAUUUACCAGGAGAAGUUGUCUGAAUUGGCAAGUUUACAAAAGAAAUGCAUGGAAGGCAUAAAACAUCAGAAUUACCGUAUGGGCAUUAUAUCAAAGAGUAUAACAGAGUUGACAAAGAAGGGAGGUGAUAAGGAGAAGAUCCAAGAGCUUGAAGGUAGGAUAAUUGAACGUAAGGCAAAAUUGCAAGAUAUUGAGCAAACCUUACCCAAACAGAAUGGAAUGUAUUUGAAGAUUAUAUUGGGCAAUGUGAAUGUUUCAAUAUUGAACAAGGAGGAGAAGUUCAAAUACAAAGAUGAAUAUGAAAAGUUUAAAUUAAUAUUAAGUAUGAUCGGUUUCGUACUCUCCGUAUUAAAUCAAAUUGUUAUUUUCAGACCGUUAGAGUUAAGUUACAUUUUCUUAUUAGUAUGGUAUUAUUGUACUUUAACUAUAAGAGAAAGUAUAUUAAAAGUAAAUGGUUCGCGUAUCAAGGGAUGGUGGAGAUUCCAUCACUUCCUAUCAACUGUUGUGGCGGGCAUUCUUUUAAUUUGGCCAGAUGUGGAUACAUGGGAGCAUUUCCGCAAUCAAUUUAUGAUGUUCAAUUGUUAUAUAAGUGUCGUUCAGUAUUUGCAAUUCAGAUACCAGAUGGGAGUAUUAUACAGGUUGAAGGCCUUGGGUGAAAGACACAACAUGGACAUAACUAUCGAAGGAUUCCAUUCUUGGAUGUGGCGUGGAUUGAGUUUCUUAAUUCCAUUCCUCUUUGGUGGUUAUUUGUUCCAACUUUACAAUGCUUAUGUUUUAAUGCAGCUCAGUUAUCACCCGACGGCUACUUGGCAUGUGUCAGUAUUAAGUGUAAUGUUUUUGGUUUUAUUCAUUGGAAAUACCACGACAACACUGAUGGUUAUUCCAAGCAAGAAGUGGGAAAAAAUGAAGGUGGAAUACUCUAUACUGAAAUAUAUCAGUGAGACAAUUUCUAGGAAAGUAAGGGAGAAUGGUAACAAUGGAAAGAAGGAGUAGAAAGUGGUGUGAUGCAUUUUUUUGUUCAUUUUAAUACAUUUUGGUGUAAACAUUAAUGUAAUUAUU